CAUCUUCUUUCUUAUCGAUUUUUCUUCCUCUCCAAAACAAACAAACGCAAAUUUGCCCAAUGAUGGAAACUCAUUAAGUGGAGAUUGCUUUGGUUCUUUUUGUGAGCCUCCAUGCUUUCUUCCACUCAUCAGUUUUAGCUGCUACUGUUGCUGCUUCUUCAUCAAAACAAACCCAGAUCAGGGCUUGAGACAAACUCUACAUUUCUCCAUCCACCUCUGCUUUUCUUUUCACUCGCCAUUUCUCCUCUGAAUCAGCAGAUAUUAUUGUGAAGAAAAGCUUAAAGCCUGACGUCAUGGCCCCCGCAUGGCUUUGUAGCAGCAACAGCUGCGCCCAAGCUGGAAGAGAAGACUUCCAGACAUGGUCAGCUUAGUCUGAGUCUCCUUGUCGGAGCGAGUAGUGCUGAGGAAGAAAAUGAUGGAUUCGAAGGUAGAGACCAUCUCCAGACUUGCCCAGUGGAGGAUCGACAACUUUAGCCCUGGCUCCUACCGGAAAUCCGACCCCUUCAAGGUCGGUAUCUGGAACUGGCAUUUGUCUGUAGAGAAGAAUCGAUACCUCUACGUCCGUUUGUUUCCAGAAACUUCCAAGGUGUCUAAGGAGAAUCCCCCUAUAGCCGUAUUCGUUCUUCUUGCUUGUGUAUGCUUUGAACUUAUGAUUAUGUUGGUUAAUUAUGCAGUUCAUGAGAGACUGCUCCGAACUAGUGAAGACUUUGUCUGGCCUGUUGAUUCUACAUUCCACAGUCGCUUUGUCAUUGACGUUGAGUUUCUGGACCUGAAGAUAUGUCCUCUGAAUGGAGGAGAAGCUAGUUCCAUAUUUCCCAUUGAUGGAACAAUGGAAUGUCUCUCAACUCAAAGCACCCUCCGCUGCCUUGCUCGAAUGCUUGAUGAGGGUAUUCAUACAGAUGUUACCAUCCAUACAGCUGAUGGGACUCUAAAAGCUCACAAGGCAAUUCUAUCUGCAAGUUCACGUGUUUUCCAGAGCAUGUUCCACCACAACCUCAAGGAAAAGGAGUCGUCCACAAUUUGCAUAGAGGAUAUGUCAAUGCAGUCUUGCAUGGCCCUUCUCAGUUACCUGUAUGGAACCAUAAAGCAAGAGGAUUUCUGGAAGCAUAGGCUGGCGUUGCUGGGAGCAGCAAACAAAUAUGAUAUUGUAGCUCUAAAAGAUGCCUGCGAAGAAAGCCUCUUGGAAGAUGUCAACUCAGGGAAUGUCCUAGAGAGGCUGCAGGAGGCUUGGCUUUACCAGUUGAACAAGCUCAAGAAAGGAUGCUUAACGUACUUGUUUGAUUUUGGCAAGAUUUAUGAUGUUAGAGAUGAAAUCAAUAACUUCUUCAGGCAGGCUGACCGGGAACUGAUGGUGGAAAUGUUCCAAGAAGUACUAAGAGUUUGGAGACCUCUAUGACAUGCUAGCUGUAUGAGAUUUUACCUUCAAUCGUUUGUAAACAAAUUAUGGUGUGGGAGAGUAUAAACGGUCUAUGUAGCUUCUUGUAUAUACUCAAUGAAAUACGCCUUUUCUUUUUCGACCAUGCACGUGUAGAGGCAUGCUAAGGUCUUACAUGCCAAUGGUCUCAAUAGCUUAGGAUCAUACGAUGUGUGCACUUUUGUAUGUAUUAACCUAUGUAAAACUUAUUUUGGAUUCAGGUAAUGUUAAUUUAAGUUGGUGAGUAAAAUGGUUCUGGGCCU